UCCUCUCACGCUAUCUGGAGAAACUGCUUUCAAAUUCCCUCUAAGCUCCCACCUCUGCAAGUUUCUCUCUACUUUCUCUCUCUACAAGAAAUCGCCGAGUUCUUCGAUUAUUCGCCAUGCAGUCUCAGACGCGGACGGUUCAAGCCAGGAACGUGUCGGAUCUAGCUACUGAGAGGGAGAUUCAUGAGUUCUUCUCCUUUUCUGGAGAGAUUGAGCACGUAGAAAUCCAAUGUGAGCAGGGGCAAUCGAAGACUGCGUUCGUGACAUUUAGAGAUCCCAAAGCUCUUGAAAUUGCCUUGUUGUUAUCGGGUGCAACAAUUGUAGAUCAGAUAGUGAGCAUAUCUCCUGCAGAAAAUUAUGUACCGAGAAGAGAAAUGCAGGAAGUACGGGCUGUGGACAAUGCUGCACCUCUCACUCCUACAGAAAAUAAUUUUCCUAGCAUCGAGGAUUCUGCGAGCCAGCCUAGCAGUGGAAGAAUGUAUGUUAAUAGAGCACAAGAAGUAGUUGCAAGUGUGCUUGCUAAAGGUUCAGCAAUUGGACAAGAUGCCAUGAACAAGGCUAAAGCAUUUGAUGAAAAACAUCAGUUAACAGCUAGUGCAUCUGCAAAGGUAUUAUCCUUUGACAGAAAGGUUGGGCUCACAGAGAAAUUGACAGUUGGGAUUUCGGUGGUUAACGAGAAAGUCAAGUCUGUAGAUCAAAAGCUUCAUGUUUCAGAUAAAACAAUGGCUGCAAUCUUCGCAGCUGAGAGGAAAAUCAACGACACAGGAUCUGCUGUCAAAACAAGCAAGUAUGUGACGUCGGGUGCUGCUUGGCUAAACGGUGCUUUUGGCAAGGUUGCAAAAGCAGGGCAGGCAGCAGGUACAAAAACCAGAGAGAAAUUCCAUUUGGCUAUGUCGAACUUAACCUCAAAGGGACACCCAGUUGCUGCCUGAGCUUAAAACUUAGGCUUCAGGAAAGUCAUCACAUGGAUUGGCUGUGCUUGUGGGGGAUUGAAAUGAGUUUCUUAAAUUCUAUUUUCUUCAUGCUAUUUAUUCUUGAGGACUGCUCCAUUUAUUUAUUUUCUAUCUUUCUGUGGUUAUUUUAGUAUUAUUCUUAUUAUAUUGUUCAUAUUCUUUGAUUACAAGGGUGUGUUUGGCUGAUGACAGUUUUGCAUUUGUAAGAUUGGUUUAUGGAAAUGUAAAGAAGAUCCAAUUAUGGUUUGUCUUAUUA